AUGGAGACUGACGACUGCGACAACUCCUCGCUCAGCGAAGACCUCGCCGGGAAAAUGGUCCUCAGCCUUAACGCCAGCGGCAACGCGACCAACCACACGACGGACGAUGACGAACUUAUACGGAAGAUCCUCCCCUACAUCACCACCGUCUUCUACCUCAUCAUCUGCGUCCUGGGUCUCGUCGGCAACUGCCUGGUCAUCUACGUGGUCUUGAUGUUCGCCAAGAUGAAGACCGUCACCAACAUGUACAUUUUGAACCUGGCCCUGUCCGACGUUCUGUUUCUCACGAUGUUGCCCAUCCUGGCCACGACGUCUCUCAUACAGCAUUGGGUAUUCGGCCUGGCUAUGUGCAAGAUCUACUUCGUCUUGUACUCAACGAAUCUCUUUGGUGGCGUCUUCACUUUAUGCGUGAUGAGCGCGGACAGAUACCUGGCCGUCUGCCACCCCAUCAGAUCUCUCAGAUACCGAACACCUCGGAUAGCGUUGUUUUUAUGUCUCUGUAUUUGGUCUCUGGCUUUUCUCGUUAUGAUGCCCAUCAUUCUCUACAGCACUACUGUGGAGUGGCCGCAUCAAAAAGGAAGAUACUCUUGUCGAAUAAACUGGCCGGAGAGCAGCUUGAUAUCAUCAGACAAGGCCUUUAUUUGGUACUCUUUCAUCCUAGGCUUCGCCCUCCCCGUAUCGCUGAUAUCUGUUUUCUACGUGUUAGUCGUCGUCCGGCUUCGUCACGUCGGGCCGGCUAAAAAAUCCAAAGAGAAACGGAAGUCUCACCGACGCGUGACGCGCCUCGUUUUGGCGGUGGUGGCCGUGUACGUCGUCUGCUGGCUGCCGUACUGGCUGUUUCAAGGGGUGAUAAUUUUCAUACACUUUACAAACCAAAACAAGGGCUUGAUUUUUCUCUUUAACGGCUGUCAGAUGUUGUCUUACGCCAACAGCAUGCUCAACCCUUUCCUCUACGCUUUCCUUAGCGACAACUUCCGGAAGACUUUCGUCAAAGCGUUCAAAUGCAUCUCGUCAUUAGAUUCCAACAGCACAGCGUGUAACGAGAGCACGGUGUUUCCGAGGGCCAGCCAAGCCUACACCAAGAGUGUCGUCACCAACGAGGAGAGGGUGGAGCUCACGUGCAUGGAACCCAGCCCAGGGGCGGCGCCGACCAAGGAGAACUCAGCCCAUGACGACGAAUGUAACAACGGGCCAGUCCAAAGCUCGUUGGACUACUGCGACAACACGUCGUUCGACGACGCGACCACUGCCAGCCCUAGCGACUCCGGGGAGAGCCAAGCCUUGUCGGUCCUCCCCUACAUCACCUCCGUCUUCUACAUGAUCAUCUGCGUCCUGGGUCUCGUCGGCAACUGCCUGGUCAUCUACGUGGUCUUGAUGUUCGCCAAGAUGAAGACCGUCACCAACAUGUACAUUUUGAACCUGGCCUUGUCCGACGUUCUCUUCCUGACUGUUCUGCCGCUUCUAGCGACCACGGCCAUCAUACGGCAUUGGAUCUUCGGCUUCGCGAUGUGUAAGAUCUACUUCGUGAUGUACUCCAUCAACCAGUUCGGCGGCGCGUUUAACCUGUGUGUGAUGAGCGCGGACAGAUACCUCGCCGUCUGCCACCCCAUCAGAUCUCUCAGAUAUCGGACACCUCGGAUAGCGUUGUUUUUAUGUCUCUGUAUUUGGUCGGUGGCGUUUCUCGUUAUGAUGCCUAUCAUUCUCUACAGCACUACAGUGGAAUGGCAACACCAAAAAGGAAGAUACUCUUGUCGAAUAUACUGGCCAGAAAGCAAGUUGAUAUCAUCAGACAAGGCCUUCAUUUGGUACUCUUUCAUCCUAGGCUUCGCCCUCCCCGUAUCGCUGAUAUCUGUUUUCUACGUCUUAGUCGUCGUCCGGCUUCGUCACGUCGGGCCGGCUAAAAAAUCCAAAGAGAAAAGGAAGUCUCACCGACGCGUGACGCGCCUCGUUCUGGCGGUGGUGGCCGUGUACGUCGUCUGCUGGCUGCCGUACUGGCUGUUUCAGGGUGUGCUCGUGUUCAUGGACAUCAUGAAGAGCCACCCCGAGCUGAUGUUCCUGUUCCACGGGUUCACCAUCCUCUCCUACGCCAACAGCAUGCUCAACCCGUUCCUCUACGCCUUCCUCAGCGACAACUUCCGGAAGAGUUUUGUCAAGGCGUUCAAGUGCGUGUCGACGUUCGAGUCGAAGAGAUCAGCUGGUAACGAGAACAGCGUGUUCCCGCGUACCAGCCAGACGUACACCAGAAGUGCUGCCACCAACGAGGAAAAGAUGGAGUUAUCCUGCAUGGACAGCUGCCAGGUUACCUCCCCUCAACACACGGACCAGAACGUUCUCAAGAUGAUACAAGACGACGAGGGUUUUAAAAAACUGUCCAUGUCCCGCAUCGACACAAUGGACAGGACAGCCUACAGCGAGGAGGGCACCAACCUGGGCAGCUGUCUGUCCAGCUUCAUCGACUGCCAAGACUGGACCAACACGACCGACGCCCUCACCAACCUGACCUCCCCGGCCGCCGGCCACAAAAAGCUCAUGGACUACGUCAUCGUCACGUGCUACCUCGUCAUCUGCGUCUUCGGUCUCCUCGGCAACGGCACGGUCAUCUACGUCAUACUCCGGUGCCCGAAGACGAAAACGGUGACGAACUUCUACCUCUUCAACCUGGCCGUGUCCGACGUGCUGUUCCUGACUAUGAUGCCGCUUAUGGCCACCACAGUGUUAGUCAAGAGCUGGAUCUUCGGCUUCCUCAUGUGCAAGUUCUACUUCGUCCUGUACGCCAUCAACCUUUUCGGUGGGGUUUUCAACAUCUGCGUACUGAGCGGGGACCGCUACCUGGCCGUGUGCCACCCUAUAGGGUCUCUGAGGUACCGGACCCCGCGGAUAGCCUUGACCUUGUGCGCAUGCGUCUGGGUUCUGUCGCUGCUGGCCAUGUUUCCGAUUAUCUUGUUCUCAACCACCGUGGACAACCCGUACAACCCCGGGUUGACCACCUGCCUCCUGAGCUGGCCGGCGUACGGUUACCUCCCCCCUUACAUCUGGUAUUCCUUCACCCUGGGGUUCGGGUUGCCCGUGGCCCUGGUCGCCAUUUUCUACACCCUGGUCAUCGUCCGCCUGCGCCGCGUAGGCCCGGGGAAACGAACCAAGGUCAAAUCUCGCCGCCGCGUGACCUUCCUCGUCCUGACCUUGAUAGCCGUCUACGUCAUCUGCUGGCUGCCGUUCUGGUGCCUCCAGGUGUACAACGUGACCUUCACGCAGCUCAGCGAGGUCAAGGUCGUGGUCUUCCACGCCUUCACCGUGCUGUCCUACGCCAACAGCAUGGUCAAUCCUUUCCUCUACGCCUUCCUCAGCGAGAACUUCAGGAAAAUUUUCUCCAAGGCCUUCAAACGGGCCACGAAAUUUCUGACCAAUCACGUUGUCGUGGAUACCCUUUUGACACGCACCAGCCACGCAUACACGCGGGGCGGGGCGAGCGCAGCGCCGGAAGAAAGGGUUGAGUUGUCGUUAAUGAACGCGCAAGUGACUCGGGAUAAGCCAACUUCCGCCUUACCUUUGCGAGACGACCAAGGGUUUUUAAAGCCGCCGACGGUAAAGUAAAAAAAAAAGGUUCCAAAUUUUUUUUUAUCCGGUGAUCAAAGUGUCGAGGAAGUAGAAAUCAAAGACCGGAGAAGAGAUAUCUUUAACCGUAUCCCGUCGGUCUAGUCGCUCCGAGACUUAGAACAAUCUUGGCACGAAUCUUCGGGAGUAUUCGAGCUAACGAUACAUCGGGUUUUAAAAAAUCGACUUGGCCAGUUUGACAAGUAAAAUCAAUGCUAAAAUAAUCGAGUCUAUCAGAAUGUAAGAUUAUAUUUUCAAAUAUUAUUUAAAUUCAACAAACGUUUUAAGAAAAAAAAAUUCUAAAAUUAAUGCGAUAUAUCUUUCUUAGAAAAUAGAGUGGGAGAGGUGGAUUUGUAUGACAAAUGACCACUAUUUGUUUAGUAAAGAUCUGAGAUGAAAUGUAAUGAUGGAUGAACAAGUGUU